GUCAGUGGUGUUUGGGGAGGGUAUCGAUUUUUACACAUUUCUUCAUUGAACAGCGCAUUUAUAGUAAACUGGUUUUCAUUUGGAUUAGCGAAUAAGGACAAAAGUAAAGAAAGCCAACUAUUUUUUUGUAAAGCCAUGAAACCCCUUCUACACUAAACCUCGAGAAAAUAUUUUAUAAAUGUUAAUAAAUAUUAAAUGUUAACACUGUUACCAGGGAUAACAGAUUUGCUGUCGUCAAAAAUACCAAAUAAAUUGAACUACAAAAAACUAAAGAUAUGAUUAAAAUGCGGCCAUAUGUCCCAUCAAACCAUAUCGCAGUGCGUGACUCAGUUGACGAGGACAUAAGUGACGAUAUCGAUGACGAUGUUUUUAUUAAGGAUGCACGCUCAUCUAAGUCAAAUGAUGAAAAAGGGGUAAAACGUCCUCUAAUGAACCCUCGACGUAAGAAUGGUAAAAUUCAGGAUUCAGGGCCUAUUAUGAAAAAGCAUAGGCAUUGUUGGCGCUGUUGUGAGCCAUUUUGUUAUGGGCUUGCAGUAUUUACUAUAAUAAUUUCUAUAAUAAGCUUUGCUGCACUGAUGCUAACCAUGUUCCCUCAACCUAUGCAAAAAAUAAAGGUUUGGUUUAAGCCAGAUUCACUAUUCGUUGAUGUCACAAACAUUGAUACACAAUUCAGCACCUAUGGUAGUAGUAUGGGUAGUGAGUUCGUUCCAUGUACUCAAAUAAGCGUUCAAAAAGUUUGGGUGAAAACAUUUUUUCGCAUGAACAGUGAAAGUCCAGUUCGAAAAUCUGACUUGAAUGGUGAUGGAAUAAAGGACAUUAUAUUCGGAUACGGUGUUGACGACAGCAUUCAAUCUGAAAGGGUCACCCUUCCGAAAUGUAAAUCUGCUCAGAAUGACGAUGAAAUUCUUUGUGAAGGUGGAGUUAUUGCUGUAAACGGAGCUAAUGGUGAACUGCUCUGGCAAUCAUGGAGUAUUGCUAAUGUAUUUUCACUUUUGUGUACACUUGAUAUUGAUCGAGAUGGUUAUCCAGACUGCGUGGCAGCAGGGCGCUUAGGAAUGAUUUUUGCAAUAAACGGUCGUAACGGUAAUAAUAUUUGGGAGUUUCACGAAGCUGAAGUUGAAACAAAUUCUCCAAUAAUUAUGGAUCUUUAUACAAUUAAUUUAGUGCGAGAUUUAGAUGGCGAUGAAGUACCCGAAAUACUCGCUGCGCACUUAGAAGAACGAGACGAAUCUAAAUCUGGGCAUAUCAAAAUUAUUUCUGGUAGAUUAGGUAAAGUUAUACGCACAAUACCGACUCCAUUCAAAGAGGAAGUGUUUGUUCCACUUCAAGUUAUUACUAAACGAGACGGUACAGAGCUCUUGGUAAUAAUUACAGGAGGUCAAACAACGCCUGGUGGAAUUUAUAGUGUGCGAUUGUUGUCACUAAUGAAGUUCACUAGUGAAAAAGAGUUUACUCCACUCCUUCAGAACAACAGUUCUGGUCUAAUGGUACCUUCUGUAAUAACGGAUAUUACAGGUGAUGGAGUAGCAGAUAUUGUAGUUUCUUCAUUUAAUUCAACAGUUUUUGCAUUUGAUGGAUAUAGUUACAGCCAUUUAUGGAAUUUUACUUUUCCGAAUAGCGAAAGUGUGAGUGAAAUUGUUCCAGGUCAUUUUAAUCGGGAUAAUGUAACAGAUUUUAUGGUGAAAUAUAAUACUGGACCCGGAUUUCCAGUAUAUUAUUAUUCGCAAACAACAAUAUUGGAUGGUAAAACUGGCACACCUCUACUAGAUGCUAUGAUGACGGAUUCAGGAGGUUCGAAUAGUUUACUUGGAGGUGUUUCGAUUUCACAAUCAUUUGGUGGAGAUUUUUUUCUUCAUUGGCAAAUGCAGUGUCGGGGCAAAUACAAUGCCAAAGAUGUAUAUAAAUUUAUACCAGAUAGUGAUAUUAUAUUGCAAGCUCGUGCGGAUACCUGCCGUCUUCGAUAUAAUGAGUCAACUGUAGUAAAACUAUAUGCUAUUGCUCGUCACUUGGAACCACCAGGAGCAGUGCUUUUUAGUACAGAUGACUUAGAGGUGCAGUUAAAACGUACAAAAAGGAUAAAAACUAAUAAACAAAAUCUUAAUUCACCAUUAAAGCAUCCAAAAUUAUUAAAAAAACUUUUGGCAAAUCGGGCACAGUUGUUAAAAAACGUUGCUGUAGCAGAAAAUAUUAUUAAUAAUGAAGUACUUUCGAAUAACAUACAACCAAAACGACUUAAAGAGAAUUCAUUACUUAAUCCAAUCCUUGAACAAGAAGUGUUACAGGAAAUAUUACCAAAUAAUGAUCUUUCUGCAAAUAACGCAUUUGAACAGGUGAAGGAGUACUUUGGAAAUAACUACCCAAAGGACUAUGAGUCUGAAAACCCGCAUACGCAAGCAGAGGAAUACGAUAUGCUCUAUAACGACAACGACACGCCACAGGAACUAACACAGAAGGAGCGUCCCAUACGAUUACGUAGUAAAUAUCCAGGCAAUCGAGAUAUAAGAAGUGAUAUUUCAACAUUUGACAAUAGCGGGAAUGAAACACAACCCUUAUCUAUUGGUGGAGUUCCAAAAAACAACUUAGACAAACAGGAGCCGCUUAAUUUAUGGGACCUAGAAAUGGAAAAAGAAGAAAGGGAUGCCCUAAAAAAUACUCAUAAAUACGACUAUGUUUCAGAGGAUCAAAACAUGAUGAAUAAACUUAAACGAGCAGAAAACACGAUAACAGUAUCUGAAACAUCAAGCACAACUACGGCAUUCGUAGAAGACAAUAACUGGUUCUUGGCUUCAAUUUCAUCAACAGGAGUCCUCUUAAAAUCAUUAAACGGCUCUAAAUCAUCGCUGGAUUUUGUUUUUAUACUUAAUAUUCGUGAAUCUGAAACAUAUCCACCACUGUUACUAGCACAAGACCUUAAAUGUGUUGAAAAGAAAAUUAGUGCUUAUAAGAGUUAUACUGCGGAAAAUAUGCGUUUAUUAAAGAAUCAACUGUUAAAGAAAUGCUUAAGUGAACGGUUAGGCAAUAUUUCGCCCAGUACACCUCGAUAUGAAUCGCAGUUAGAAGUCGUGCGUAUUAGCAUUUCAUGUAGUUGCCAUUCUCUACUAAAAGGCGAAGUUUGCUCAGAGUUAGAUGAUGUCGAGGCACAACGUUGGACAGAAUUUAUGGGCAAUGAUUGUCAUGGAUUCUAUGCCAAUUAAAAAAUAUAUAUUGCUGGUCAAUCAUUUAUUUUUGCUAGCUGCGAAAACACUAAUAUUUUAAGUUAUU